CCGGUGUUUGCCGACACUUGUCGAGUGGCUCCGAGAGAGAGAGAGCAGAGCCCGAUUUAUUCUCAACACCUUCCGAAUGUUGAGCCCGAGUCGUGAAGUGCAGAUCUUCAGGGGGGCGAGGUUGGAAGAGAAGGAGACGACGAAGGGAGGACACGGGCCACGUCCAGAUUUAUUCCUCUGAAAUCAUCCCGACGUCUCCGCGGACCGCACCGCUGCUGCGACCGGCCCGUUGACGGUAGGCUCACAACAAUCAGUCAGGAUGGCGACAGUCAGUGUGAUCGCGUUCAGCCUGCUGCUCUCCACAGCUCUUUCUGCGCCUGUGACCGCUAAAGAGGAAUCCUUCACCUUGUUCUACGGGGAGGAUUUCCACAUCAUGCUGCCCUCACUCGCGUUGGAGGUCAUGUUCUGGAACAGGUCGACUCCGCGGCUGGGCGACGUGUUCCUGAUGCGCGGCGGCAUCGUGGUCAACAGUCGGGCCAAACUCAACCGCCACCUCAGCCACCUCAUUAUAGACGCCGUGGGCGAGGGAGACGAGGGCGUGUACACCGUGAAGAAUCCAGAGAAGCCAGACGACGUCAGACGCCUCACGCUUAUUGUCCGAGAUUGUUCCAACGAGCAGAUCAUUAAAUAUGGAGACAACUACCAUGUUCCGCUGUCAGGCAUCACUCCUCCCAUCACCCUGGAGUACAGGCCCAGUGCUGUGGAGGCCAACCAGACCUCUAAACCUGCUCUGGUGCUGCUCACCAGCACAGGGAUGUCCAGGGACGGCUACCAGGGUCGAAUGAGCGUCAACGAGCGCCACGUCACCCUCAGGGCGGUCACGGGUGCAGACGAAGGGAGCUACACCAUCAGAGACGCUGAAGGCAACAUCCAAAGGAAGGAGUGUCUCAACGUCAGAGAGCACCAACACUUUGUGACCUUGCCACUCGGUAAACGACUGAAGAUCAACCUGAUCCUCAACAGCUCCUUGGUCCACCUUUACUACAGCCCGGAUUAUGACCCCACACCCCGUCUGCUGCUGGACAGAGGGGAAUUUACCAGUGCCAGAACCGAGCUGGGUCUGGAGGAACGUCUCUCUACGGAGGGUUCAUUGGUUUAUCUGGAUCAUAUCAAGCCUACAGACCGGGGCCAGUUCAAAAUUACUGACAUACUGGGAUUUACUGUGUCCAGCAUCUACCUGGAACUACAACCCUACAAGCUGGAGUCCCUGUAUGUGGCCAUCAUUGCCCUGAUGGGCCUGCUGGUCUUCCUUCUGCUGGUCUGUCUGCUGUCCUGCCUGAUCAAAGUGAAGAAGAGGGCCAAGAGGGCUGCUGACUUGAAGAAGAUUGCCCAGAAUUCUGGCAAAGAGGAUGAAGGAGAGGCCUUCCGACAGGUGGUCAAGAACAUCACCAAACUCAGUGAGGAGACCAAGCCCUCCCAGGCAGACAAUACAGAGAAAUCUCAGAGCACUGAGGUGGAUAUUAAAGGUCUGGAGGUUUCCUCUAAAGAGGUUGGGGUCGGUGACCUAGACACCAGUGACUCCGGAGUCGGCUUCAACACCGCCCUCCCACUAGACACUGACACUGAUGCCCCUGAUCAAAACCUUGACUCCGUGGCCGUAAGCAUCUCAGUUGACUCUGAACCACCCAAACCAAGUCCACCGUCUGCCACAGCCGCUGAGUCCACGCCAAGCGCUCCUCCAGCUGUGGAAAUUAAUUCCAGUCCAGAAGUUAAAACUAAAGCCUGCCCUGCACCGGAGACCAAGAAAACCCCCGAUCAGCCAGUGGAAGCACAGUUGGACGUGCCCAAACCAGCAGAUGUUAAGCUCAGCCCAGCCUCGAGCCCUGAGCCCAAGGCUGGUCUGAGUCCAGCUGAUCCAAAGCCUGCAUCCAGCCCGAGCCUAGAGCCGAAACCAGCCACUCCUAAAGCCACCACUCCCACACCGGAAAGUAAGAGCGCUCUGACACCCAAACCUGAGUCCCCCAAACCAACCACACCGGAGCCUAUCACCAACGGUACACCUGAGCCAGGCCCGGAUUCCAAAUCAAGCCCAGAUCAUGAUGUUAUCGGAGCUCCAAAAGCAGCCCCCCCGAAGACCCCCGAAGUAGAGCAGAAAUCCAGUGGUCCUGCGCUGGAGGCGAGCAAAGACGACACCGUGGCUGAGGAUCCAACCACCACCACUUGAGGACUGUGCCCGCGAUAACCAGAGGAACGCCCUGGAGAUCUUCUCCGUCUAACACUUCUGGAGACGGUCGACCCCCCCCGGCCCCCAAAUAAUGAAGAAACCACUGAAAUUUGGGCAAAGACUUUAACAUGUUUAAUGCCUGAACACAGUAAUACUUUGAUAACAGUAUCGCACUCACCAACUAACACAUAACAUUUGAGACGCUCUAAUCCAAAAAUCUUCACGUAACAAAUGCGGCUUGUUGAUUGUUAAACAUUGAAGUUGUGUAACACUUGCAGUUUUAUGGUAACUUUAUAGAAAAAUGGACUGCAAAUGAAUUCUUUUGCAAAAUGUCUAACAUAGUGAGGUAUCCAGAAAGGUUCACAGCAUUUCUUUAAAACAGGAAUAUUCUAGAAUUCCUUAUUUGACCUUAACUACCAUUUAAAAUGCUCGUUCCUCUCAUCAGCAUGUGGAUAGAAAAGACUAAAUGCAUGCAAUGUUCAGCCAAUGUCAUCUCAACACUUUAGAUUGGACAUCUACAAAUUGGAAAUGAAAGUCCUCCUGAUCCCACACUGUACAUAUCGCUGACGUAUGGGUGUCAUACGCUUCAGUUACAUCUGCAUCAUCACACGUAGAAAAAAUAUUUGUUAAACGUGACUUUACGAGAACAUAAACUAAUACUACUAACCCUUCUAUUUUUUAGCCUCCCAGUGGAUAUCUCAGAUGAUUAAAUGUGUUUUGCAGACUGAUCCCUGAAGUCUGGAUCAACCACUUUACUGCCUUUGAUCUGGAUUUCCCCGUGGCUCUAUAAAACACAUUAUUUCUUUAGUUUAAUAGCAAACUCUUGCCAGCAGCAACUCCGGCACUUAAUGGGACCACCGUGUUCCUGCUGUACAUCUGCCUACGUGAAAAUGCUUGCGUUGAAUUCCUUUAAUUAUCCUCCGUUCUUCCAUCUCGUUCCCUUGUUCCUGUGUACGUUGUUCCUUCAAUGAUCCUCCCCUUCUCUCCUUCCUCCUUCCUCUCUUUUCCUUUGCUCGGCACCAUUCCUAACUUCUUGAGUACACAGGCUUCACCAGAGGUUAGGGUCAUGAUUUUGUGUUUAAACUAGAUAUUUUUGGUUGAGUUGACAGCGUCUGGGUCUUUGGCCUUCUGGCGGUUGGCACAAGCUUGAACAUUAAUGCCUUGCAUCUUAAAUGGCUCCAAAAUACUGCAAAGAGGUCUUCAUCAAUGCCACGACAUCAUCAAUGUGGAUGUUCAGUCAACACAAAUCAGACCGAGUUGAAACUCUUGGACAGAGGUGUGCAGAUUCAUUUUUGUGUUACUAAAUGCACGUCUCUACCUCGUGUUUUUACCGACCACUGAGAAACCACUGACAUCUCCAAAACUAAUUUUUAAUAAGUAGACAUUGACAGACAUAGUGAGAGGUAGAUGCAUCUACAACCAACCCGCCUUUCUGGGUUGCUCUGCUGUCUUAAUAAAUUGAUGUCAGGCAAAACAUCAGCAUUUUAAGAAGCCAGAUGAUUAGAAGAUAUGUUUAGAUGAAGUAUUUGACACUAAGAUCAUUGAAUAUAAUAUAUAAAAAAGAGAUCAAAUUAAGAGGCUUUCAUGUGAAAUGGACAAACAUUAUCAGCUGGUGUGAUGUUUUACACAUUAACAAAUGCAUUUUAAUAGAAAAAGUCUGAAAUAACCACAAUCCAAUUCAGACAAUGUUCUUCAUAGAUACACACACACACACAUUCCAGCCUUGUAAAUAUUGCAUGUGUACGCCGGUUUAACCCUCUAAAGGCUGAAUGUUCCUAGUGUAUAGAAUGGUUAUUGUAUUAUACUUGAUAAUAAAGAAGAAAACUAAUUACAAUCUCUCACCAACCUUAAAUCCAGAAUAUAAAAUAUAUACACAUACAGUACUAUAUAAACUAAUAUUCACAAACGUCUUAAACUAAUUUAAGAACCAAAUAUUGUAAAAAUCCAUCGAGACUUUAUUAGAUCUUUUGAGAUCAAUUAUCUGCAUUUAUUGCAUUACAACCUGACUAUACUCACAGCAUACGGCACCUCUCACUGUAUUUACAUAUUGUAUUCAAAUGUUUAACCUAUGCCACUGAAAGCACCGACUGCAGCAUGCCCACAACAUGAAAACAGGCUCUUAUUGUCCGAAAGUUGUGUCUGUGACCAGAUGAGUGAUGUUUUACUGUUGCCAUCAUUGUGUGUUUGGGCUUUUUCUGUUCCAGCGUUUGUGCACAUAUGUCUAAGUGUGAUGAUUUACAACCGAGUGUUUGUGCGUGUUGAACCUAUGCACAAGCCGUUUGUACAGAAGGACACAGCUCCACGUCUUGUGCGCUCAUCCGUCCGUUGUGAGGUAUUCACGUGCCGGCUUAAAUCGUCUUGCAACGUGUGCUGUGUUGAAGUCAUGAGUAUGAAUGUUUAAUGCCACAACAUAUUGUAAAAGAUAUUGUAACUUUUAGAUAUUUGAGUGACUUUUUUCUUUGUUUAGUGCCUAAAACGUGUACUGGAUAGUUGACCUGUAUUCUCUCAUUUGAAGACACUCCUAAUGGCACCUUUUUCUUAAUGGGAAGGAUAUUCAAGAAAGCUGUUUGCACCACUCACUGGCCUAUGAUAUGCUCACGUGUUGGAGAUAUGUGACAGGUAUGUAUUGAAAGUGAUAAUAAAAGUCGAACUUCCAGGUUUUCUAGGUGACGUUGGGUAGCAUUAGGAGUGCUGAGUGUGCUCUAUUUGUAAGAGAGGGUGUAUAACCAUUACAUUAAUCAAGUCUGUGGCACAGGUAGGAGUACACGAGUGAAUCCAUGACAGCAGCAGAUGAAGGACAAAGCUCUAUGUUGGUAACCUUCGGGGUUAUGUUGUGGUAAGGCUGUUAAAUCAGUCACCUCUACUGUAUCCUGUCAGUGGCUGUAAGACCACUCCAGAGGGAGUCGGGGUGUGAGAGAGGCAGACGGGACAAGCCUUUGGUUUACACGUUACCAGCAUCUUUAAGAAGGCUUAGUCAAGUGGGGUUGGAGUUAUUACCCACCGCUGAUAACUAACACACACCACUACUUUUAAUACUACUGGCACUUCUUGCACUACGUGAGUCGUCUCUGCCCCGAUCUUCUCUGUUUACUUCUGCUGUUCUGGCCUGGGUGUGGUGUGACAGCCCACAUGUUCUCUCUGUACUCCCUUUUUGCACAACACUUCACACAGAUGUUUUGUAAAGAAAAUCGUUUUUUCUUUAUUUCAUGUCUAAAGGAAUACUACGAAUAAACAAGCGAUUAUGACA